AUGUCGACCGUCACGAGCACUAAAGAAUCUUUACUGCAUCCGGAAAAGUUUAGAAUAAAACACCAAGAUGCUGUUAGAGUACUAGGUGACAAUGGUGAUAGUUUUCCAGUCGAUGAAAGCAAAGAGACCCUUGAAACUCAUUCAAAGGUUGCCAUAGUUGGUGGUGGUUUCGGUGGAGUAGCCACGGCUUUGGGUCUUCUCAAAAGAGCCAAAGAAUCAGACUUUUGUAUAUUUGAAAAGCACGAUCAAUUAGGAGGUACUUGGUAUGCUAAUACCUAUCCAGGCUGUCUGUCUGAUAUUCCUGCCAUUUGGUAUUCGUUUUCGGAUGAGCUCAAUACCAAUUGGUCAUGUUCCCAACCCCCUCAAGCAGAAAUGGAGGAGUAUAUUUUGACCGUUGUAAAAAAGCAUGGUAUCGACAAGAAAGCUACUCUCAAAACAGCUAUCACCAGUUUUGAAUGGGACGAGAAGACUUCCCUUUGGACUCUUUAUGGUGUCAAUGUCGAGUCUGGUCAGCGUAUUAAACACACUGCUUCUUUAGUUGUGGCUGCCAGAGGAAUCUUGGUUAUACCAAAUCACCUCAAGGUUCCAGGAUUGGACACUUAUGAUGGAGUGUACAUGCAUUCUGCUCUUUGGGAUUACGACGUUUCUUUUGAAGGCAAAGAUGUCUUGGUUAUUGGAAAUGGUUGUUCUGCUACUCAAGUUGUACCUUCACUUUUGACUAAUUUCAAACCGAAGUCCAUUACUCAAUUAGUUAGCACCAAGCAAUGGGUUAUGCCAGAGAUUACUAAAGCCCUCCACAGGCUUUAUAGCAUAAUCGGAGCAACAUGGCUUGGUUCUAUAUUUUGCAGAGCUCUUAUUUCCACAGUAGCAGAAAUGAGAUAUCCAAUGUAUGCUGGCAAUGGGUGGAUUUCAAAGUUAGUAAGGUAUUUGAAUGAAAAAACCGCUUUAAAUUAUAUGAAAUCCACUUGUCCACCUGAAUAUUUGCACCAUAUUUUACCUGAUUAUAGAAUUGGCUGCAAAAGAUUGAUCUUUGACAGAGGAUAUUUGCAGAGUCUUCACGAUAAGCGUAUGAGUUUAACAGGCUCUCGAGUUAAGCUGAUUGAUGGUAAGAUGGUCACUUUCCAAGACGGCCUGAGAGCGAAAUUUGACAUCAUCGUUGCAUGCACCGGUUACGACGUCUCAAAGCCAUUCUUCAUGGAUACCGUAAUAGGUGAGAAUGGAACUAAGUUGAACGAGUUAUGGGAUAAAGAAGGAAUUGCUGCGUACGAGACUUUCAUGAUAAAAUCGUUUCCAAACUUUUACCUUGUCGGUGGACCUAAUUCUGCAACAGGACACUCUUCCGUGGUUUUAGCUAUUGAAAAUGGUGUCAAUUUUUUCCUCAAAACCGCAGGUUCGGUGAUCUCUGGUAAGGAUAAGUAUGUGGCUGUGAAAUCUGAAGCCUAUGAUCGGUGGGACAAAGAAUGUCAAGAAAAGUUAUCAAAUGCAGUAUAUGGUUCUCAAUUUGGUGGUUGCGCUAGUUGGUAUACUGACAAUGGUAGAAAUCAUACCAUGUAUCCUGAUUCCCAGCUCAGAAUGUGGUACAGAUCAUCUCAUCCCAAUUAUUCGGACUUGGAACUUAAAUAA